GAUAGCUUAGCCCCGCCCCAACAUUGACUAUGUCGUGGAGAAGCACAUGGAAUUGUUUUAUCUGGAGAAAAACUCGAUGGAUACGUUUGUAUUCUGAUAGAAGAGGGCAGAAAAGACAUGGAACAGCUUUAUGGAAGCCAGCUGCCUUCACACUACUGGUUGGGUCUAGUACUUAUAUUGUCAGCAUUUGUUAUCAUGAAAUGAAAAGAAAGUCAUUUUUAAAGAAACACCUCAAUGAAGAGCAUUACUCUUCACUGCAUAAUACAGAGAAAAAUGGCAUCAGUGCAAAAUUGAAACAAAUCAAACAAUGGUGGCAGUAUCAAUUGUACCACGACAAAUUCUAUUUUGCUGUAUUGUCAUUGAAUGCUUGUGUAUUUGCUGCCUGGAUCCUGCCCCAGUGGACGUUGAAACCAUUCGAAAGACUCAACCUAGUAUUAAUGAGAUAUUUUACUUCCACACCCAGAUUCAGUUCGACCAGUUCAUUGCUGUUGUCAUCUUUCAGCCACAAGGACGUGUGGCACUUCAUGAUUAAUAUGUACGUGAUGUAUACCUUUAUGCCUCCUUUUAUUUCUCUCGUUGGUAGAGAAGGAAGUUGGCCGUAUUAUUUGACAGCUGCUACUUUUGCAUCAGCGAUAAGUCAUUAUAUUAAAGUAUUCAGAGGUGCACAUCUUGUAGCUUCACUAGGAGCUUCGGGUGCUCUUUUAGCAGUAUUGAGUUUAGUUGUGAUGCAUAAUCCUGGUGCUACCCUGCAUAUUGUGUUCUUUCCUUUUAUACCAAUACCUGCUUCUGCAGGUUUGGCAUCCAUUGUUGCAUUGGAUGUAAUAGGUUUGCUAAGAGGCUGGAAAACGUUUGAUCACGCUGCACAUCUUGCAGGAACUGCUUUUGGAAUGCAAGUGGAGAGAAAGAGAGAGGGGAGAGAGAAGAAGGAUAGAGAGUUCUUGUUUAUUAUUUGCCUUUUUUUUGUUAGAUUGUACUAUCACUAUGGACAUAAGAUAUAUCAUAGAAUUAGACGAAAGGUAAUUCAAGUGCUCAACUACUUCUCAUAGGACUAAUGAAAACUUAAUAAGAGAACCUAGGUCUGACGGUUCAUUAUACUUGUAAAAUAACAUAAUGACACUGCUAUAAUUCAUUCUUGAUACACAGACACAACAAUGAUAAUAAUAUAAUAAAAUAAUAUAAUAUAAUGUUCAUAUCAA